AUGGAACAUUUUCUUAAUAAUACAAAUGAUCAUAAUUCAAGUUUUUUUCAACCACCAAGACAAGAUGAUGAUUUUGAUACAUUAAUCGAACAACAUUCCCCAUCAACAUCAACUAUAGAAAUAGAAAAACCACCAAUACAAAAUGAUAUUAAAUUAGAAGAAUCAAAUAAUACAAAUGAUCGUUCACAGUCAAAUUUAAAUAUUGAUGAAGAAGCAAAUAUAAAAUUACAAGUUCUUGUAUCAAAUUUUAGUGAUGAACAAUUAGAUCGUUAUGAAAUGUAUCGUCGUUCAGCAUUUUCAAAAGUUGCAAUAAAACGUUUAAUGCACUCAAUAACAGGUACAGUACCAUCAUCAAAUGUUGUUAUUGCAAUGGCUGGUAUUGCUAAAGUAUUUGUUGGAGAAAUUAUUGAAGAAGCUUUAGAAGUUCAACAUCAAGAAAAUAAUAAUGAACAUAAAUCAACAACACCACUUGAACCAAAACAUUUACGUGAAGCCUAUAGACGUAUUAAUCAUCAAUAUCAUUGUCCACAAAGAAAAACAUGGAAAUCAAAACGAAAAUCUAGAUUUUAA